AUGGCACCCUCCAAAAUUGAUAUAACCCACUUGCCGUCAACAGAUUGCCCGGUUAUUGAGCGGCAUCUUGAACAGCAUCUUGAUUCAAGCGAUAAAGACCACUUGCUUCAUCGCUCGUUCAUCGACACGCCCGCUCUGGUAGAACGAGCGGAGGGUGUGAACUUAUUCCUUGCCGAUGGAAGGAGAAUCAUCGACGCCUGCGCAGGCGCAGCGGUAGCCUUAAUCGGACAUGGAAACAAGGAAGUUCAUCAAGCCAUCGUCAACCAACUACAAAAAGUCAGCUACGUGCAUACACAGUCAUACACUACCGAGUCCGCGGAAGAUCUUGCAAAUCUCAUCUUGCGAGGGAGUCCACACGGUCUCGAAAAGGCCUUCUUCGUUGGAAGCGGCAGUGAAGCCGUUGAAUCCGCCUUGAAACUCGCACGCCAAUACUAUUUUGAAAUGAACGAGCCCGAGAGGCUACAUAUCGUCUCACGACGACAAGGUUAUCAUGGCAACACCAUGGCUACCAUGUCGAUCUCUGGAAAUCUUGCCCGCAAAGUCCCUUUCGAAGGCUUCUCGUAUACGCAUACAUCGCAAGUCUCGCCCGCUUUUGCUUAUCGGUAUAUGCAGGAAGGUGAAACGGAAGUUGAGUAUACGGCACGACUUCUUCAAGAGCUUGAGGAGGAGUUCCUUCGCGUGGGCCCUCACAAAGUCAUGGCCUUUAUCGCAGAGCCAGUGGCUGGAUCUGGCAUUGGCUGUGUCGUUCCGCCGACCGGUUACCUUGCCGGAAUUCGCGCCUUGUGUGACAAAUACGGCAUCCUGCUAAUAUUCGACGAGAUCAUGUGUGGUGUAGGCCGUACCGGCACAUUCUUCGCCUUUGAGGAAGAGGGGGAUGCUGUACCCGAUAUCAUGACUAUUGCAAAAGGCCUCGGAGGUGGAUACGCUCCAAUCUCGGGUGUUCUUGUCCACAAGCGAAUUGUCGAUGUCCUCCGCCACGGAUCAAAGGCAUUUAACCAUGGCCAUACAUAUCAAGCCCAUCCCACAUCUUGUGCAGCUGCAUUGGCAGUCCAGAAAAUUGUUGCGAGAGAUGAACUGAUUCCUAGAUGUGCGACCAUGGGAAAGAUCUUGGAAUCGAGGCUUCGGACCGAGCUGCAGGAUUGUUGGUCCGUUGGAGACAUCCGCGGAAGAGGAUUAUUUUGGACUGUAGAAUUUGUUAAGAACAAGGAGACGAAGGAGCCAUUCGACCCAGAUAUUCACUUUGGGGGGCGUGUUCAACAAGCUGCAUUCGACAAAGGAGUCGCGCUCUACCCUUGUAGUGGAACGGUGGACGGUAAAAAGGGUGACCAUCUAAUGCUUGCGCCACCUUUCAUUAUUACCGAGGGGGAGCUAAGGACUGUCUGCAAAGUCCUGAGGGAUGCUAUUGAAUCUCAACAACGGCUGUUAUCAUGA